AUGGCCGCUGACAUGCUCGUCGCGCGUGCGCACAUCCAGAACUACUCCGAGGCGAGCGCUGUCGAGCCGCAUUGGGGCUACGCAGAUCGCCUCGUACCCUGCACCAGCGACCCUGGCUCCUGCGAGUACCUCGACGUUGUCUAUCGCAGUCAUGACCUUGGCAUGUACUACAGCGGCAUCAUAUGGGCCACAAUUGGCGCCAUUCUGUUGGUGUGGGCUGUUGGCCGACACUUUGCGCGCUCACAACCAUCCGGCGUGCAACUACCAAAAGAAGUAGGAGAAGGAAUACCGCAGAGACGCAGCGCAUUCGAAAGACUUCAACGGGCGAUUCCAUCAUACGCACGACGAUAUCUUCUUCCUGAUGCCGCGCGACCAAUCUUCGGACGCGUGACCCGCACCCAGGUCUUGACCCUAAUCGUCUUGACGGCUUACCUGACCGUAUUCACCUUCAUCGGCAUCGUCUACAAGAAAUGGGUUACGCCCGUCAAGAAGCUACCCGGCGUCUACAACACCCGUACCAGUCUCGGACCAUGGUCUGACCGUAUCGGUGUCAUCGCAUACGCCCUCACACCUCUCUCCGUUAUGCUCUCGACACGCGAGUCCAUCUUGUCGCUCGUCACUGGCCUGCCAUACCAGAGCUUCAACUUCCUCCAUCGCUGGUUGGGAUACAUCAUCUUCGCCCAGUCCGCCCUUCACACCAUCGGCUGGUGCGUCAUCGAGAUCCGUCUCUAUCAGCCCCAGCCAACCGUCGCCGCGGAAUGGAUCGUGCAGGAGUACAUGAUCUGGGGGGUAGUCGCAAUGCUUCUCCUGACUCUUCUUGUUCUGCUCUCGACUCCCUGGGGUAUCCGUCUCACCGGCUACGAAUUCUUCCGCAAGGCCCACUACGUCCUCGCAAUGGUGUACAUUGGAGCCUGCUGGGGACACUGGGCGCAGCUCAAGGUCUUCCUCCUCCCUGGACUUCUGGUCUGGUUCAUCGACCGCGCUAUCCGGCUUGCUAGAUCAGCUCUGCUCCACUACAACUUCCUGCCCUCCAGACACAUGGGCUUCCGUGCCGCUUCUGCAAACAUUGCGCUUUUCAAGGACGAGGUCAACGGCGACGUUGUGCGUCUGGAUUUCGACCACGCUCAAGAUGCCUGGGCAGUCGGUCAGCACUUCUACCUCACAUUCCCGGAUAGCUCCAUCUGGCAGUCCCACCCGUUUACACCAAUUAGCCGCCCGGUUUACGGUGCUGACUCCCAGCGCCACUCGUAUAUUUUCCGCGCAAGGGGCGGAGAGACGAAGAAGAUUGCCGACCUGUCCAUGAAGCGCAUUGCGAACAUGUCAAGCCACCAAGAAUCGCACGAGAGCCUAAUGGCUGAUGCCCGCCUCUCUGUCGUCAUGACCGGACCUUACGGCGAGCGCACCAUGCGUGGGCUCGCUGCCAACUCCAACAUCCUCUGCAUAGCUGGCGGCACCGGAAUCGCUUACGUCCUUCCCGUACUCCUUGACCUCGCUUCCAGCCCACAGUCGCCCGACCGCCACAUGACGCUCAUCUGGAGCAUACGCCGAAGGAGCGACAUCGACUGGGUCGGCCCCGAACUCGCUACCCUCAAGCGCAAGUGCCGGAACCUACGAACCGGAAUUCACAUCUACGUCACCCGCGCCGCAGAAGAAGCCAACCUCGACCUCACAGUCUCCGAAAAGGCCGCGCCCAACGAGUGCUCCAAGGAGAUCAACUCCGCCUCUGACUCUUCAUCUGCCGACGCAUCCUCUGCACUAUCAGUUCAUGGUGUCGCAAAGUCGGAGUUGGGCCUCAACCACAUCCAAGCCAGGCCUGACCUAGAUACCCUAGUGUCAGAGUUCGUUGUUGGUACUGUACGAGGAGGCACCGAGGUGUUCGCUUCGGGACCCGGUGGUAUGAUUAGCGAUCUUAGGCGGAUAGUCGCCAAGAACAACAAGGGUGGUGAGGUGUGGAAGGGAGACGAUAGGUGGGAUCAAGCACCAAGUAACGCGCAAUCCUCAGAGACCGAGGGAUUAUUAGAGUGGCGCCAGCCCGCUGCGAACUACACGGCGAUAGGCCUUAUCUCCGGACCCCACAUCGUCACCACUUGGACCCUUGAUCUGUCUCCGCUUUCCAUCUUCGUUACCAACUGCUUUGAGCAAUCUUACUCCGCGAGAGCAGUCAUGAUCGAACUCCUGGAUCUCUGUUAUGAUGUUCUGAUCGGGAUUCUGGAAGAGAUUGACCCCCAUGAUCUCGCGGCAUGUGCGCAAACGUCCAGAGGCUUCAACCAAUUCAUCAAGGAGAACAAGCGACUUUACAAAACCCUGUACUUGAAGCACUUCGACGACCCUCGACGCCGAAGACCGGCCGGUCCUGAGCCAGAAUGGACUGGAGCGUUGCAGAGGGUGGUGAGAUGUCAAAAGAUCCUCGAUUCUGCCAACAAUGACCUCAAGAGAGAAGAGUUCACAUUCGUCGCAACGUGCGUCGACGAGCUUAUCGCUACGAUGUCACUAGAUGAAGAUGGCGUGACUCACAAUAAACGAUUAGUGACCGACCAGUUCCAGCGUAUCGCACAGAAUCACGACGCUUUCAUGUGCCGAUCUUCCCUGUUCGACCGUGCCGGCACAGGAAAGCAGAGACCGGCCGGGGAUGAAGAGAGUCGACAGCUGAGCGCAAAGUUGCACAGUCUAUUCGGCUUCCCGCCAUCCAACGCUGGAAGAAGAGAUCUCUCAACAAACCCGUAUGCCAGAUCGCGUGUAUACGACCUACGAAACUACACCGAUAAUAACGAGUGGGGUCCUUUCCGUGACGAUGGCACCAUGCGAGUGGAUUGGGAGAUGAUCGAAAGCAUUAUGAUUGUCAUCGGCUAUAACUCUUGCUACUGCACCCAUACAGUAUCGAAUAAACUCCGGCCACCAUGGUUCGCUCCACUUGAUGGCGUGAUCCCGGAAGACGCUCAUCAGAUGGGCGCCGCACGGAACUGUACAGCGUUGGUACAGCAACCGGACAUUUCCCUCAACAUGAAGGAUCCAUACGGAGUGGAAGGUAUCUGGUCACGUAUUGUAUGUUUCCUCGACUACAACGAUCUGUACCACUACAACUUCAGUACCGAGGCCAUGAAAGUUCCUUCCGACGAGCCUAGAGAUGCGUUGAACACCGACGAAGCCAUCAGACACAUCAUUAUGGACUUGCGCAUCACAGACGUCACAGCACCAGGGCCUUUCGACAACUCGAAACUACCUAUCGUGAAUUUCAGAGGAAAAUCGAAGUCCGUAGAUGCGCGAUGGGAUCCGAACGCUAACUCUGGUAUUCGUGGUACUGUCAGUCUGACAGCGGAAGGAGAGGUUCGCUGGCAGACUAUCUCGGUAUUCCAAGGGUAA